GAAACUUCCCUUUUCAGACUUUUUAGGGAUAUUUUUGACAGCAACCUCUAGUCCAGCCAGUGUCUGACCAAAUCUGCUCAUGUGAGAGUCAGUCAGCGAUACCUGACAUGUCUGAAGAGCUCUGCUAUUCCACUGUGGUUUUCACCACAUCCAAAAAUUCCUUGGCUACAGUCAAAAAGAAUGAAGAAAUCCUAUAUGCACAAGUUAAGAAAGCAGAACUAGCUCCAGAGAAGUCAUUCCCUGCACCAGAUGAUUCCAGAACAAUUGGUCAGGAAACUUCGUCCCCUGCACAGGCUCCAGAGAAACCUGAGCACAGACAUCAGCCCCAGAAGUGGGCUAUAGUAUUUCUCAGCCUUACCUGUGCUUUAUUACUGGCUGGCAUCAUUGCUGUCUUUGUCUACUAUAAUCUUUCCCAGAGUGCUGCAGGGCAGCUCAAAAAGGACAUCAGUGCCCUUAUGGAUAACAACAGUGCCCUUAUGGAAAACAACAUUGCCCUUAUGGGAGCCAAUAGUGCCCUUAUGGAAAACAACAGUGCCCUUCUGGAAAACAAUCAGCAGCUACAAGUGCUUAAAAGCAAUCUCACUGCUCAGAAUGAAUUCUUGGAGAGUGAGAACAAAAAACUGCAAAAGAACCAGACUUUGCUGGAUGAGAUUUUACAGUUCCGUAAUUUUCCUGUGGAAAAAUAUUGCCCAAAUGGGACAACAUGCUCACGCUGCCCAACUGGAUGGACAUUCAACAAUUCAAAGUGUUACUUCCUGUACCUUGAUCAAACAUGGAAAACGUGGCAAGAUAGUCGUAUUGAAUGCUUCAAAAUGGGGGCUGAUCUGCUAACAAUACAAGACAAGGAGGAACAGAUGUUCAUCGUGAACCUUGCACCUGCAUACUUUGACAAAUGGCACGGUUACUGGAUCGGAUUGACUAGACAAGCAAACAACUGGGUCUGGGUCAACGGCUCUUCAAUGACCACAGGGUUCUGGGCAGACGAAGGAAGCCAAAACUAUGUUUUAAUAAAUACAGACCAAAUAACCCUGAACAGCUGGCAAACAAAGGAUAAUGACAUGUUUAACCGGUGGAUCUGUGAGAACAAGGCCCUGCUAUUCUGAAGUCCGUUAGCAGUCCUGGCUCUCUGCUGGUCUGCUGGAUGGAGGCCUGCUGAGACGACCUACCUGUGGAACAGUUCAACCUUACUGCCUUCAGACAAAUUUCUUUUGUAGGUGUUAAAAAGCAGUUAAAAGUCACAAAAUAUUAAUAAAAGCUUG